AGCUCACUGUCAUCAUUGCCGUGAUUGAAACAAAAAAAAAAUAGUUUAGGUAAAAAAAUCUUAUAGGGAAGCGAAGCGAAAGCGAGGUGCAGAGUAGUUCAGAUAUGGAGAGUCCUUGUGAGUCGGAAAGUUCACUGGACGGCGGUACAAUGCUGCCACCGAGUCCAGUAUCAAGAGAGCAGCUGCAGAAGCGCAUCGAGUCACUAACGCAACAAAAUAAAGUUCUAAAGGCUGAGCUGGACACAUCAAAGACUAAAUGCAAAGUGGUACAAGAGGAGAAUCGCUUUCUUAAGCAGGCUUCAGUCAUCAUCCAAGCCAAGGCGGAACAAGAGGAGGAAUACAUUUCCAACACAUUGCUGAAAAAGAUUCAAGCAUUGAAAAAAGAGAAGGAGACGCUAGCCCAUCACUAUGAGCGCGAGGAGGAAUGCCUAACCAAUGAUUUGUCGCGCAAGCUUGACCAGCUGCGCCAGGAGAAAUGCAAGCUGGAACAGACACUCGAACAGGAGCAAGAGUGUUUGGUUAAUAAGCUAAUGCGCAAAAUUGAGAAACUGCAGGCAGAGACAGAUAACAAGCAAACCAAUUUGGAGCAACUGCGUCGCGAAAUGGUUGAGCUGGAGAACACGCUGGAGCAGGAGCAGGAGGCACUAGUCAACAAGCUGUGGAAGCGUAUGGACAAGCUGGAGACUGAGAAGCGUUCACUGCAAAUCAAACUUGAUCAGCCGGUGUCUGAUCCAACAACGCCACGUGAUAUCACCAAUAAUGCCAAUGGCGACACCGCCACCAAUCUGAGCGCACACAUACAAACGCUGCGCUCCGAGGUUGUGCGUCUGCGCGCCAAUCUCGCUACCGCCCAAAAGGAGGAGAAAUCAAUCAGGGAAGAGAACGCACGCCUGCAGCGCAAGCUUAAGCAGGAAGUAGAACGACGCGAGGCGCUCUGCCGCCAUCUAUCUGAAUCGGAGUCAUCGCUCGAAAUGGACGAGGAGCGUUUUUAUAAUGAGAAUUUAAUGGCCUCUGGGCCAAGCACUGCCGCCGCUGUCAACGCUCAAAGACAGCGCACUAUCAGCAGUCCCGUCUCGCACAGUCCAUCGAGCAGUCGCCCGCUCAGUCCAGGCACAGCUGGUCAGAACCGUUGCUAUGCCUGCGGACAACUUGUGAAUCGACGCGCCAGUGAGCGCUUUAUAAAGCCAGCAUUGCCUACGCCCAUGCUGGGUCUAAACACUUCCGCACCAAAUGUGCUAACCAACAUAACAAAUCCACUGCUGGCCACUGGUUCUGCUGCCAUUUAUGGUAAUAAUACUGCAGGUGCUACAGCCGGUGGAUUUCUGUCGAAUUUGAGCAGCGAACGACUGAGCUUGGGUGCGGUGCUGCCACAGGCAACAGCGGCAGGUACAUUUCUUGCUGGAGGCAUACUCUCGAUGAAUAACCAGUUAACAGGCACAUCCAGCAGCGCAUCGUCCUCAUCGUCCAACUUGAUGAACAAUUCGUCCAGCGGCAAUUUGGUUAACAGUGGCAGCAACUCUUCACUUUCGGCUUUUACGCCAACUAAUCCGCCAAACGGCGGUGCGGCCACGGCUUUUAUACAGCCAGCCAGUCCCAUGGAUACAUCGACAUGCAAGGAUUAGGUAUCUGUGUUACCACUAUAUAUAUAUUUAUAUAUAUAUACACUAUACUAUAUAUAUAUUUUCUUUCCCUCGCUACACUACUCACACAC